AUGACCAAAACGAAGAUCGUAUGGACGUCGACGCUCCGGUCUCGACAGCACACACCUGGCGAGAUCGCAGAACAAAGAGUCAUCAUAGCAGACCAUCUUCGUGACCUGCUGUGUUUGCUUGUUCAUCGCGACGACUCUCCUUGUGUCAGGUCUACUCAUCGCGACACGCCAUUCUUGCCCGUGUAUCUUGCCAUCAUAGACCAGCUAUUAAUGGGCACGGAUGCACAAGUCCCAAAUGCUGUUCGCAAAGCUUGCUUUGAUGUCCUUGCUAGUGUUAUGCGCCAUCAGCCGAUCGAAGAGAACGAUACCGAUCUGGAUAACAUAGCGGGAAUGCUUUGCCGAACUAUGUCGGAUAGACAGAGGAGUAUACGCCUCAGUGCAGGUCGAGCACUGGUAGAGCUGAUACGUUUCUAUCAUUUCAUCGGCAAACCAGCAUGGCCCAAGGUUGAUCCCAUAUUCGAUGUAUUCUACGGCCUCUUGGACGUUGGUAAAGAUCCAGUCAAGGAGACUGUCUUGAUUACGGUCGGUGAAGUUGGCAGAGCAACUAAUGCAGAUGUGCUGGGAGUCGCCUUGAGCUGUCUCAUAUCUCAGCUUGGCAAAUCUAGCCCAGUCGUCAAAGGUGUGGCGUACAUGCAGCUCCUUUCUUUGGCGAAACAUCACAAGAAGACUUCAUAUGGGCUUGUUCUCCCGUACAUGGACAAAGUUGCGCCAUACCUGCUUUCUCGGUGGCAUUCUCAACCCAUGCUUCUACUGGAAUGCUGUCGCUUCAUCUCCAUGCCGCCAACGGACUACAUCUCUUCCACUUUGCCGCGCACCCUACCUCAGUUAUUCGCCAAUUGUGAACAGAAAGCACUGGAGAAAAUCUCUAAGGAGCUGCAGGUCAAAUUGUCCACACUCUUCCUUAAUCGGUCGCACGACAUUUUGGCCUAUGUCUUUCUACUCGAUAACGACGUCUCGACCAACAAGGCCAUCUCCUUCACUCUUCGCAUUCUUAGUCAAGCAGCCGACAACGCCGAAAUCCGUAUACACAGCGUGAUCAAGAGUUGUGUUGUUCCUCUCCUCGCCAAACUGGUAAACGCGCUCGGCGAUGAAGAUGAGAAUAAGGUUACAGCCGCCCGAAAUGCUCUUCGCAAAGUCGAAAUGUAUGCCCAUGAUCCGGAAGAAAUUGCGCAGAACGCGUUAGACCUUGGGUCUUUCCUCAAAGUGCACAUGUUGGGAAUCAUUUCUUACAUGAGCGAGAUGCUGCAAGAGAUUAAGGCCAAAGCGACUCUCAGCUUCAAGAAGCAGAUACUUCGGAGUCUGGGUGCGCUCGUCAGCAUAAUUGGUCCUUCCAUCAACGCAGUCUCUCCACAGAUUCUUGCCAUUCUUCAAGUAACUCUGACCAUUCCAGAGUUGGCAGACGUUACGCUGGACACCUGGCACAAAUUCUUGACGACCCUCAGUCAUGCCGACAUCGGACCUCACGCAGGUGUGACAAGUGCCUGCAUCAUCUCCUCAUGGCCAAAUCUCUCCGAGUACAGCCAGCUGCUUGCUCGACGGUCGUUACUGCAUAUACUCGGAAAAGGUUCGAAACCGUCACAAUAUCUGGACCAGAUCGCCGACCCCUUCUCCAUACCGGAACUUCAUGACAUACGGAAAAGGCUCUGGGACUUGCGUGUGACUUGGAAGGAGCCAGAUCGACUUCGUACGAUAUUGGACCGGGCGUCUAAUGACAAUUCCACAGUUGCAGUCCAAGCACUACGAGAGUUGAAGUUACUGAUGACAGAAUCUCCUCAUCACUUCCAAAAUUUGGCGAGCGGUGAUAACUUCAAUCCCGUUGUGGGCCACAUCCUCGUCGUUCUCUUCGCUUGCGCCCGCCGCGAGAGUGACCACAUCGACUCGCUACGACUUCUCGCAUUUGAAUGCAUAGGCGCUUUAGGAGCCGUGGAUCCUGACAGAUUCGACUUCAAACCUCCUGACUCGCAGAUGAUUGUCAUGCAGAACUUCACGGACGAGGACGAGUCCAUCAACUUCGCCCUGCACCUCAUUUGCGAUGUCCUCGUCGGCGCUUUCCGAUCUGCGCGCGACACGGCGUACCAGACCACCUUGGCGUACACCAUCCAAGAGAUGAUGCGUUUUUGCGGGUUUAACUCCGCCCUCAUAUCGCCCAGAGGAUCCAUACCCAUCAAAGUCCGCAGUCGCUGGGGCAACUUGAAGAAGGAGGUUCAUGAGACGAUCACACCUCUACUCGACGCACGGUAUAAGGUUCUCGACGGCCAGCUGCCUCUUUGGACGUUCCCUCUUUAUCCAACGCAGUCGACAUAUCGCGAAUGGAUACAACUCUGGGCCACGUACCUCAUCACUCGAGCGUCCGACGAGGGCAUGGCACGGUCUAUAUUCUACGUAUUCCGCACUAUCGUAAGGAACAAAGAUGUCGGCGUCGCUCGCCAUCUGCUACCCCAUCUCGUUCUUCACGUCCUGAUUUCUGGAGACGAAAACGACGCCGGCCAAAUUCGUAUGGAGCUCCUCGCUGUGUUGGAAGACCAAGUCGACCCGGAGAGUACCUCUACCGUAGAUAAGAGAUUGCUAAGUACACAAGCGACUUUUGUUCUUAUGGACCAUCUUAACAAGUGGGUACGUCUGAUGCGGCGCGACCUCGCACGCAGAGGAGGGAGGGGGAACAAACGACAUCCUUCAGCCGAGGAAGAAGCGCUUCUACGUGUCGACUCGGUAUUGUCUAACAUUGACCAAGAGUUGAUGGCGAAGGCCGCUUUUCAGAGCAAUGCCUACGCUCGCUCCCUUAUGGGCUUUGAACGCCAUAUCGGUUCGCUGCGGGAAAGGAAUGCUAAGCCGGCAGAAGUUCAACGGUGCUACGAGCGAUUGCACGAGAUCUACGCCAAUCUGGACGAGCCGGAUAGCAUGGAGGGCGUAUCAACACUGAUUCUGUCCCCGACGUUAGAGCAUCAAAUUCGCCAGCACGAGAGCACUGGGCGAUGGACCUCCGCUCAGAGUUGUUGGGAAUUACGGCUGCAACAGAAUCCGGACAACCUAGAUCACCAUAUUGGGCUUCUGCGAUGUUUGCGGAAUCUGGGUCACUACGAUACUCUACGCACCCAUGUUAAGGGUGUCCUUACUCGAAAUCCCGAAUGGAGAUCGGCUCUCGCUGACUUCCAAGUGGAAAGUGCGUGGAUCAUCGGUGAUUGGAAUGAAGUCGACACCCUGGCUAUAGACUCGAGCGUGCCAACUGCGUCGAUGGUCAUGGCCCGCCUUCUACUCGCCUUCCGAUCAGGCGACGCGGCUGCUAUCCAAGACGCUCAGCGUGAGGCACGUAUGACUUUGGGCAGUCCCAUAUCCGCUGCAGGCGCUCGAGAGUACCGACAUGCCUACAAUGCGGUUUUGAAUCUACAUCUUGUACACGAGGUAGAAAUGAUUCACCAGGCCGUCCAAACCCUUCCUCCUUCUGCUCGGCAACGCAACAAUAUUCUAUCCUCCCUAGCGCACAACUUGACCGCGCGAUUGGAGCUGUCGUUACCCACAUUCCGGAUUCGUGAGCCCAUACUAAGUAUGCGCCGGACGGCGUUUAGUUUGCGCAACCGUCCUCUUACUGGAGAAAUCGGCCGCUCUUGGCUCCUCAGCGCGAAGAUUGCUCGAAAGGCUGGUCACUGGCAAACCGCAUAUAGCGCCAUGCUCCAUGCUCAAGAGAGCCACACCGCACUUUCCUUCGUUCAAACUGCGAAAUUGAUCAAGGCGAACGGAGAGCCACUCCGUGCACUCCAAGAGCUCGACAAUUCGAUGCGCGCCAAGGGAUACGGAGAUGAUGCACAAGCGGAUGUGAUUGACCUGACGGAGGAUAGUGAUGAGACGAAGAUCAUCAAGGCGAAGGCUCAAGUUGUCCGUGCACGUUGGAUGGACGAUUCUGAACGGUACUCAGAGGGAGAAGUGCUGAAGGAGUUUGUGAAGGCGACGGAGAUCUGGCCCAAGUGGGAGACUGGUCCUUUCUAUUACGGUCGCUUCCAGGAUGAUUGCUACAAGAAACUGUCCGCCCGUGAGAAAUCCCAGCGAGGCAUCAAGAUGUGUUUACAAACCGUUCGGUCGUACACGAAAGCCAUGAAAUAUGGCUCGAAGUACAUCUACCAGACCGUUCCUCGCCUUCUGACACUCUGGUUGGAUCUCGGGGAAGACGAUCUCGUUGCCAAGACUGAGACCUACACCAAAAUCAACCUUGAGGUCAAGCGUGUUUGUGACUCAGUACCAGCGUACAAAUGGUACACGGCGUUUCCCCAGUUAGCCUCCCGAGUGGGACACGAGAACCGCGAAGUGUAUCCCAUCCUAGCGAAGAUCAUCAAUUUCGUUCUCAAGGAGUAUCCCAGUCAAGCGCUUUGGCUGUUUGCGUCCGUCAUGAAGUCCACGAAAUCAGUUCGUGAGAAACGGGCCAAAGAUAUUCUAAAUAACCUUAGGAGAGAAUCACAUGGCCUGGUUACACUGAUCGAUCAAUGUAUGUGUAUGGCCAACGCUCUGCUUUCGCUUUGUGAUUUCCCAGUCGGAGACACGAAGAAGACAUUGAGCAUGAAGAAGGAUUUCCCGGGCCUGUUGAGUUUGGCACCAUCCAAACUCAUCAUUCCACUGCAAGAAUCCCUCAUCGCCAGUCUCCCUCCGACCUCCUCCGCGUCUGAUUCGGAACACCAGCCUUUCCCUCUCGACGCCCCUACCAUUGCCAGAUUCUUCGACGAGAUCGAGAUCAUGCGCUCAUUGGCCAAACCCCGCAAGAUCAAGAUCGCAGGGAGCAACGGCUUGGAUUACUCCUUCCUCGGAAAACCGAAAGACGACUUGCGGAAAGACGCACGUCUGAUGGACUUCAACUCGAUCAUCAACAAGCUGUUGAAAGCGAACUCCGACUCUCGUAGACGACAACUGCAUAUCCGAACGUACGGUGUCGUCACGCUGAACGAGGAAUGUGGCUUCAUCCAGUGGGUGCCACAUACGGUGCCCAUCCGGCCGGUUCUCUUGAAGUUGUAUGAUGCGAGAUGUGUGAGAGGCUGGGAUAACUCGAUGCUUGCGGUGUUCAACAGGCUGAAGGAAGCCUCGGAAAAGGAGACAGCCAUCAUAUUCGAGACUGAGAUCCUGCCACAAUUCCCGUCCGUCUUCCAUGAUUGGUUCACGGAGACGUUCCCGGAACCAUCUGUGUGGUUGGCAAGUCGUCUCACGUACAGUCGGACGGUCGCCGUCAUGUCCAUGGUCGGCUUCAUUCUCGGUUUGGGAGAUCGUCAUCUGGAGAAUAUACUGCUUGACGAGAAUACAGGUGAUGCCAUCCACGUCGAUUUCAAUUGCCUGUUCGAGAAGGGUAAAACACUGGACAUACCUGAGCGAGUACCCUUCCGCCUCACGCACAACAUGGUCGAUGGUCUCGGAGUAGCCGGAGUUGAAGGUGUCUUCCGACUUGCUUGCGAGAACACAUUACAGCUUCUGCGGGACAAUAGGGACACCUUGAUGAGCGUUUUGGACGCUUUCAUCCACGAUCCCUUGGUAGAAUGGGAAGAUGAGAAGCGAAAGCUGGAUCGUCAAGCCGAACGCCGCCAACCACGCAACGCGAAAACUCGAGCCGCAGACGCGAACAGCAAUGCGGUAAAGGACUCCACCGACUUGCGCAGUCUGGCAAAGAAUGCGCUGCAUCCGAUCGAGAAGAAGUUGAAGGGACUGUAUUCGACGAGCAAGGAGAGGGCGGAGAAGGAGAUCUCGACGAGCAAUUUGGUGCAGAUGCUCAUUCAGGAGGCGACCAGUCCUGCGAACCUGGGGAAAAUGUACGCUGGUUGGGCGCCGUAUCAUUGA